AUGAGUAAAGGUGACGGUGUUGCAGUUUUGACAGUGUAUCCUAACCUCAAACGACCAACACUAACUUUAACUUAUCUCGCAGUUUCCAUAAACAAGGUUAUGUGGUUCUUCCAACUGACUGUGAAACAUGGACAUCUCGACAGAUUGCUAGAAGUUGCGUGGACUGUCUUCUUUAAGUUAUGUUCGUGA